UUUUCUCGCCACUAACCGGUUCCAAUAUGCAGGCGAAUUGAAGCGUGGAUUAUUACUUCGCGAACCGCCCGCGCUGCCUCGCGUCGAAAGCUUUCUGCCAUGGAGAACCUCAUUGUGUUUUUAGUGUCAGUUGCUUUGUUUCUAUCACCAGCGUACGGAAACGUGACAGUCGAAGAAAAAACAAACCUAACACGAACUGCUCUACAUUUCCAAGAUUUGAAAGACCUGGAAGUUCCCAAUAGUGCCUUGAUAUUCUUAGAACGAUUAAAAUCUAAACGCAUGAAAGAAUUAACGUUACGAGCUAGGCAGAGUCCAGGAGUCCAGAACACAACAUCUGCACCAGAAGAAGAAGAUGAUGAACCCUCGAGGAGAUGCACAUGUUCAUUUGGCGUGUGCAAGUGUUGUACGGGAUUGGUGUUGGAUUUGUUUAACCAGAAAGCUUGUAUGAAGGUCACUUAUCAUCCUGGGGAUUUCGCUUUCGAUGUAGCCAUGUCUAUGAACGACAGGGUACUUUAUGAAAACUCUAUGUCAGGAAAAAACCCAAAACCGAUAUGUAUAAAUCCACCGAGACUUACAAACUUGAAAGUAUGCGCCAAAUUUUACAAUGUAUUUUUCCCUGGAAGAAACUUUCACUUUUGCCUGGCAAUGAUGGGUCAAUGGCGACAGUUUGAACUCUUCAACAUGGCAUUUGAUUGUUUAAGAAUGGGCGCAAACGGCCUGGCGAUGGUAAAGCCGGAGGAAAAUGGGGGGCUCCCGAUACCCAACCCUGUAGGGGGAGUGGAUGCUGUCGUCGAUUCUGGCGACGACGACAUUGAAGAGUACGACGAGAACAAUGUCAAGUCACUGUUUGAUUUCUUUGAUGAUGAUGAUAGAAAAUAGUCACUUAUUGGUG